AUGUUCACCAACACUCCCAACGGCACCUUCCUUGUCCUUGCCCCUCAAUCCCACACUGCUGCUCAGCUCAACAUGGCCACCUCCAAGCCAGCUGCCGCUGACGCCCCAGUUGAUAUCGACACCCAGGCCGCCGACGUCGAGGCUCCCGGCAAGACCAAGCGCUCUGACAGCAACCCAUUCAUCCCCGCCAUCGGUGCAAAGGGCUUCACUUUCCUCAGACUCGGCCCUUAA